UUCUUCUGUUUUUGUUUCUGUAGUUUUGUUUAUAAGUGAUUAUAUCCUCUAAUAGCCUUAGAUUAAUCUGAUUAUUAGUUUAGCAGAUUGUGUCUUAAAUAGAAAGCAAGGAGUAGAAUAGAAAAUCUCAUUUAUUACUUACCAUUACAACUGUUCAAAUUAAAAGUUCGAUAUGCGAAUUGCUAGUGUGCUUGUUACCGGCGCCAACCGCGGUUUAGGUCUCGAGUUUGUUAAACAAUUAAUAAACCUUCCUUCCCCUCCAAAUUACGUUUUUGCUACUUGCCGUGAUCCUAGUAAAGCCGAUGACCUGCAGCAAAUAGCUAAGUCUAAUACAACAGUGAAAGUGCUCCAGAUGGAUAUCAAGGAUGAUAAAAGUUUUCCUGAAAUUAGAAAACAGUUGGAACAAGAAAUAGGUGCUGUUGGCUUAAAUUUGCUUAUAAAUAAUGCUGGUAUAGCAAUUCGUGCAAACUUAGAUAAUGUAACAAAAGAAGCUAUGAUGGAAAAUUUUGAAGUGAAUACUGUUAGCCCGCUUCUUUUAAGCAAAGAACUGUUGCCCCUCUUGAAAACUGCUGCUUCAAAAGCUGAUGAUAACAGUUUGUCAUGUUCUCGUGCUGCUAUUGUCAACAUAACAUCAAAAAUGGGUUCAAUUGAUGAUAACACAAGUGGUGGUAGCUACUCCUAUCGAACAAGCAAGGCUGCUCUAAAUAUGGUUACAAAAUCUUUGUCUGUUGAUCUGAAGCCUCAUGGAAUUUUAUGCUUUCUUCUGCAUCCUGGUUGGGUGCAAACUGAUAUGGGAGGUAAAAAUGGUUUGAUUACCCCACCUACAAGUGUCAGUGGGAUGCUGAAUACUAUUCUGCAGGCAAAUGAGAAGCACUGUGGCCUUAUGUUUAAUUAUGAUGGAAAAGUUAUUCCAUGGUGAUUUAUUUUUAUAAAGCUGUGAAAAAUCAUAUCUUUUUUAAGAAAUUAUUCUUCUAUAUAUUCUGCUUUUUUUUAAAUUUCCUAUUGUAAUAUUAUAAUUGUCUGAUUUUACCACAAUGAAUGAUUAUUUUACUUUAGAUAAUAGGUGUUAGAAUUUUAUAUUUUUGUUAUAUUUUUUAUUAAAGCUUGUUCAGAGUUUCCUGAACCAAAUGGAAUUUACAAUUCUUAUUUUGUUAUUAUUAUUAUUAAAAUUGUUGACUUUAAAUUAAAAAAGGUGAAAAAUGCA